GUAACCGUCCAAUGUAUUCAUAUACAUGCCGUUCUUUAGCCCUAGUUCUCAAUUUCCGGUAUCUCUGCCCUCGAGCGCUUUCUCCGGGCUGGGGCGCAUUCUUUCCCUUUCGCUUCCAAAUUAGGUCACAUCUCGAUUGAAGUAGAACCGAGAGGUAGGUUGAAAUGGGACAGAUCCAGUAUUCCGAGAAGUACUUCGACGAUAUCUACGAGUACAGGCAUGUCGUCCUCCCAUCGGAGGUGUCUAAAGCGAUGCCGAAGAACCGCCUCCUCUCCGAGAACGAGUGGCGGGCGAUUGGGGUGCAGCAGAGCAGGGGAUGGGUGCACUAUGCGAUCCAUCGCCCGGAGCCGCAUAUCAUGCUCUUCCGGCGACCGCUCAACUAUCAACAGCAGCAGGAGAACCAGGCCGCGGCCAACGCUCACGCCGCACAAGUCCUCCCCAAGUGACGAGUGAUGACGCCUACUCAGUAAAAAUAUAAGUAGAUUAAGCUCCCCCUUUGCUUGGAAUGGACAAACUAUGAAGAAAUGAUGACCGUGUGUGAUUGCAAAUCCCUGCAAUCUUGCUUUCUAAUUGCUUGGAAUGUUUUGUUCAAUUCUAGAUUUAUAAUCGUUUAGCACUUCUUUGCAUUGUGAUUAGUUUGUUAAGUAAUACUAUGCUUGUAACUUCUAUUUUAGCAGCACUCUUGUUUCGUCUUUCAUCUGAACAAUUGAUAUCAUAUUCCCCUCCAUGGAUGAGUUCAUAUGUA